AUGACAGGACAUCUGAACCUGGCGGCGAUGAGCCUGUCCCAGAUCCCGCCUGAAGUGAUGAAUAUGUAUGACUCAACAAAAGCAUUGGUCAGCUGGUUUGAGAUGGUUGAUCUUUCGAAGGCCGACUUUAGCGGCAACGAGUUAACCCAGAUUUCCGAUACCAUCUUUCCCGACUGGUCCAUUAAAGAGAUGGAAGACGACGAAGAGAAGACGAAUCAAUUUGCUGGACUGGAGACACUAUUCCUCCAGCACAAUCGCUUGACCACAAUUCCCGUCGGCCUGAGACGAAUGGAGCAGCUGAGGACAUUGAACCUGAGCGGCAACAACAUCUCGAUGACGAACCAGCUUUUGAACAUCGUGUGGCAGAUCCCACAACUACAGAAUCUGUCUCUUGCAAAGUGUAGCCUGAGAGGCGCCGUCAACCUCUCCACAAUGGGAACUGAACAACUUCGAAGUCUCGAUCUUAGCGAUAAUGAACUGACUGAGGUCGAUCUCGCUGAAGGACAGAUGGCUACGCUUCAGAGUCUCGUGCUGUCUUCAAAUCAACUUGAGAGCAUUCCUUGGACAGCACUUGCCCAGUGUGCGCUUGUAGACCUGAAGGUUGCAUCUAACAAGCUUUCUGGGACCGCUUUCGCCAGGGUGGAUGGCGGAUUCGACAAGCUGAAAGAUCUAGACAUUUCGCACAACGACUUCAGCGAUCUCGGCCCAGCCUUCUGCGCGCUUGCUUCCUUGCAGAGUUGUUCGAUAAGCGGCAAUAGUAUUAGGAGCGUCCCUGACAUGAGUGGUCUGCGAAGCCUGACGACCUUUCUGGCUGCCUCCAAUAAGCUCGAGCACAUCCCAGAGUCUUUGCACUCAUUGUCAACAAAGCUCAAGCAUGUGGACCUCAGCAACAAUGCAAUCAAGACAGUGCAGCCGGAGCUUGCGGCUAUGGACGAGCUGACGUCUCUGAACCUAGACGGCAACCCAUUGAGGCAACGCAAUUUGCUCACAAUGAGCACAACCGAAUUGAAGGUCCACAUGCAGAAGCGUCUUGAUGAUCAGCCAAGUGUCUUCUCCGAUGACCAGGCAGAACAUAUUGCGAAAGCACCGAUGCGGUCUGCAACACAGCCCUUGUACAAGAUUGUCAAUGGGGUGCUUGAUCUUUCGAAUCGCAGCUUGACGUCGGUCAGCCCAUCAUCCAUUGACUUUGCAUCAAAAGCUCAGGUCGUCCACACUCUACGACUCUCGAACAACGACUUGUCUGCGCUGCCCACGGAGCUUCUGCAACACCCGUCGAUAGCCAACCACCUACAGUCGCUCGACAUUUCUCACAAUGCAAAGCUACAUUCUAGCAACUACCUGACGAGCAGGCUCUGCCUGCCGGCACUGCGAUCGCUAUACGUUGUGUCUACAGGCCUGACUGCGCUUGACGCAUUCACCGCCAAUCUGGUGGCGCCGGAACUCAUUGAGCUGAAUAUCUCAUGUCAUCGGAUUUCUGGACCCAUACCUAACAUUCGAGCAUAUUUUCCAAAGUGUAGAUUAUUACUAGCGUCAGACAAUUGGUUCAGUUCCGUCACUGCAGAGGACAUCAGAGGCUUGGAAGUGCUUGAUAUCCGUAACAACCAGAUUGAUAGCCUUCCAGUUGAUAUCGGACUACUUGGGAACCAUGACGAUAGACAAGAACCAGGACGGUUGAGAAGUCUUGAGGUUGCUGGAAAUCCUUUCCGGGUGCCACGAAUAGCGGUGGUCGAGAAGGGGACCGAAGCUGUACUCAAAGACCUACGCAGGAGAGUGCCGACUUCAGAGGUGCCGGCGGAGUGGGAAGAAGAGAUUCAAUGA